GUGACUUGCGUAGACAAUUAAAUUUGUAUUCACCGUGUUGGAGGAGCAGUAUCGUUCUAUACACUUCGCUUGUUAUAAACAAAAAUAAGUGGAAUCGCAACGAUGGUACUUUCUAAGAUGACGAACGUAAUGUUCCAGCUUACCAGUUCUUAUUUGGAGCAGCUUUUCACCAGUCCAGUAAAAACAAAAGCAAUUAGCAGCUGUAUUAUUAACUCUCUUGGAAAUCUCUUAGCACAAAAAAUAUCAGGAGCAAAGACCAUCAAUAGAGAAAGCCUACUUGCCUUUGCUAUGUUUGGAUUAAUUAUUGGAGGUCCUGUCCCCCAUUAUUUUCACUCAUUAGUACAUCCAUUUGUGAAGAAUCCUCUCAUGGUUUUAUUAAUAGAGAGAUGUUUGUAUACACCAUGUUUUCAAGUAUUAACAUUGUACAUGUUAGCUGUAUUUGAGGGUAACACACAUAAUGAUGCGUGCAUCAGGGUAAAGAAAUUAUAUUUGCCAGUACUUCUUGCAAACAUGAAAUAUUUAACUCUUCUGCAGUAUCUUAAUUUAAAUUAUGUUUCACCAAUGAUACGUGAUUUGGUAGUAAAUAUGAUUAGCUUCUUUUGGAUUGUGUACCUUGCAUUGCAAUGGUCCAAAGAAGCAAAGUCCAAACAAGCACAGAAAUAA